AUGCAAAAAGGUACCGCAACUCCUCCACUCACAGGUCAACAAUUCUGCCGCACAGCCAAUGACAAAAUUCUCGACCCGCAGGCUGCAGUAGAUGAGGUACUAGGGCAAGCCCGUGUCGGCCCUUGUUGCGGCUGGCCUCUUCACCCAAACCGCGAGGGGUAG